AUGCCAGAUGAGCCGUACUCGGUGUCCGGUUGCAUCGGUGCCAAGUGCGCUGAGCCUGCUAGCUGGGAGGGCUAUGAUGUGGAGCAGGUGAGUGCUGAGAUGCUGACGUUCAAUGUCGAAGCAUCAUGCAAAAAGGGUUACUUGGGAUCAGCAGUGGUCACGAAGUGUGCCAAAGCUGGUGAAGCCUAUGAACUGACUGGUUGCAAGCCCAUCGUGACAACCACCGUGACUACUACUUCCACGACGACGACGACGUCAACCCAGACUAAGACCACGACGACUACGUUGACCACCACCAGCACCAUCACCAGCACAACCACCCAAACAACCACAGAGACAUCCACCACCGUCACCAGCACCAGCACUACCACACAGACCUCCACCACUUCCACAACGUCGACCACCACGAUUACCAACACCACCACCACCACAACCACCAGCACAUCUACAUCCACUACCACCACUUCUACUACGACAAAGACAUCAACAACCACCACCAGCACCUCGACAACAAGCACAUCGACCACGACCAAAACAACCACCACCACAAAGACUACCACCAGCACUACCACUACCAGCACUUCAACUAUCACAUCCACCACUACCACUACCACCAGCACUGUGACCAGCACUACAACCACCUCGACCUCUACAUCCACUGUGACCUCUACAACUGUAACCACCACUGAGACCAGUACCACGACCACCAGCACUGAAACCACCACCUCCACCACCACGGUGACAUCCACCAGCACCACCACGACCAGCACUUCCACUGUGACCUCCACCACCACCACUUCCACCAGUACCUCAACUACCACAACAUCAACAUCGACCAUCACUGAGACGACCACCACAACGACCAAGACCAGCACCAUCACUUCCACAACCACCACAUCCACCUCGACUGAGACAUCUACUUCUACCACAACCACCAGCACGUCCACCACGACCACAUCCACAUCCACAAGCACUACAACCACCUCUACCUCCACCACCACUGAGACAACGACGUCAACGUCAACCACCACGACGACAACAAGCACUUCCACCUCAACGACUACCACUACCACCAGCACUUCGACAGAAACAGAGACGAGUACUACCACCAGCACCGUGACGACGACAACGCUGACAGCCACAACUACCAGCACUUCAACCAGCACCACAACAACCACUAAGACAAGCACAACCACCACUACCAGUACGAGCACUUCGACGUCCACUUCAACAACCACUGAGACAUCUACAAGCACCAGCACAUCUACGUCCACAUCGACAUCAACUGUGACUGAGACUUCUACCACAACUACCAGCACCAGCACUGAGACUUCCACCACAACCACUUCAACCAGCACAAGCACCACAACAACAGUGACGUCGACAAGCACUUCCACCACUACCACGACCACUGAAACGAGCACCACUACAACCACCACAUCAACCUCCACGACCACAUUGACAUCUACUACAACCACAACUACCAGCACUUCCACCAGCACCACCAGCACUUCCACAAGUACUGUGACGACAACCACUGUUACAACAACCAGCACGACUUCAACCUCCACAACAACCACCACAAGCACUGCCACCAGCACCACAACAACGUCCACCAGCACUACAACGACAACCACAACUACAUCAACAAGUACAUUCACGACAACCACACUGACCACCACAAGCACAACCACCACGACAACUUCCACUUCUACUGUUACUACAACCACUGUGACUUCCACAAGUACCACCACCACGACCCAGACAACCACCUCAACUACAUCCACCUCCACCACUACAACCACUGACACCACCUUUGAGUCAACCACUACCACAACCAGCACCAUCACCACGGUGCCAACCACUACCUCAACCACAAGCUCCACCAGCACUUCGACAUCUACCACCACGGAAACCACCACGACAGUGACCACAUCUUCCACAUCAACCACCUCGACAACCGAAACAUCCACCAGCACAUCGACCACGACCUCAACUGAGACAUCUACCACGGUGACCAGCACCAGUACCAGCACCACCACAUCCACCAAGACCACCACCACAACAACCACCAAGACCAGCACUUCAACAUCGACUACCACCACCAGCACAACUGCCCAGACGACAACAACUACCAAGACAUCUACAACCACCACCAGCACUACCACCCAGACUACAACCACCACCAAGACCUCUACUACAACUACCACCACCAGCACCAUCACAACAACCACCACGAAGACAUCGACCACAACUACCACCACUAGCACGAUUACUACGACUUCGACCAAAACCUCAACCACGACCACCAGUACCAGCACAAGCACUUCCACAACCACUACCAGCACAACAACUCAGACAACCACCACCACUACCAGCACGGUGACAACAACAACGGUCACUGUCACCACCACCACAACGGCGACGACAACCACAGUGACUAGUACCAGUACCACCAGCACCAGCACCACCACCACCACUACAAAGGUUAAGACGUGUAGCGCACCAUCUGAUACGACCGGAUAUUCGGUCACCGAGAACGAGUUGACCAUCGAUGAUUUCAGCGUGGACGUCCGCUGCGCCUCUGGCUACAAGGGCAACUUGGCCAAAGUGGUCUCACAAGAUGCAUUGAAGAACUCAAGGCAGCCCUACAGCCACUGCCUGCUGGAACGACAAGGAGAGCUACUCUCUUUCGGGUUGUGCAAGAAUCCCAGACAACUACGUGUGCAUCGCACCAGACGUGUCGAAGGGAUACAUCAUCACCGAGAGCGACCUGCGGCUGAACUCCUUCAGGGUCACUGCGACUUGCGCACCUGGCUACAGAGGCACCGCGAGAGUGAGGCCAUGCAGUGGCAACAAGGAAUUGAUGUUGAGCGCUAUGAGGGGCUGGUUGCAAUUCAAAUUCCUUUCGACUUGGUUGCUGAAGCGGCGGUGACGCCAAGUCUGUCUUGGACGCAGAAAUGGUCAACGAUUGCACCACCGAAGGCGUCGGAAGGCGAGGUCUUUGCCAUCCGCUUGGCGGAGACGGGCCCCUUGUUGUACUCCUUGUGGGAUUUCAUUGAUGCCAUGCAGCACGGUUUGGUGGACCGAACACGUGGAAGCUAUGUGCCAAAGCAUGCACUCGAAGUGGCUUUCGUGCGUUCGGCUGCUGAUCAUUUGCUGCUUUGCACCCAAGACGACAAGGGAUUUGUUCAUCUUCCAGCACCUCUCACGGUGAGCACGGGUUUGUCAUUGGAAGCCUUGUGGCCAUUGCAUGGUCUCACGUUGCGACUGGAAGGUCAAACCUUUCCGUUCUCUCUUCACCUAGCAGCAACCAACCAGAGGCCUUGGCAAUUUCGUGGCAUGGGUUUGCAUGCCAUCAGCUACCAGACACCUUGGAAUCCACUAGAGUACGGCGAUGUACUCUGGGCCAGUGAGGCACAGGAUACCUUGUUGCUUGUGCCACUCCUGAUGAUCUUGUCAGACUUGGUCCUGGACCGGAAAGCUUAG